ACGAAGCAUCUGGUCUCUGGAUCGAUCAUGGAUGUCAACGAUGUAAUCAACGUGCAGAACGACGAUGGAAGAACCGUGCUUCACCUAGCAGUGCAACGGCAUGACCCCGCUGGAUUUACUGAAGAAGCAGCCGCACACUGCAUCGUCUGAGAUACUCAUCAAGGAGCUGAUUCUGGCCGGCGGGAUCUCGAACUCGAGGGAUCACGAGAAGAGGUCCGCCAUUGCUUCUCAACUGAAGAUGCACCACAUUGUGGGCAGCCCGGGGACUUCUUUCAGAAUCUCAUAUGUUGAGAUUUUCCUCCAUGCGGGCAUUGAUGCGUCAGGCGUCAGUGAAAGAACGAGAACGAGAACGACCUCGUUCUCCAGGGAAUCGGACGAUGACACCUCCUCGGUGGACUCCGUCAAGAGAUGGAGCCAUGUCGAGACUACCCCGACACCGCUGAGGCAGAGGUACUCCAAGGUGAGCUCCCUAUUCGGCAACAAGCGAACCUUGGCAAGUCCAUCAAUGAAGAUGAGGUCGGCAGCUGACCACACACUGCCCGAAUCUCCCCCGGUUUCGGCGUCAUGGUCUUCGUCGUCGUUGAUCGACAAGAUCGAAGCAGUCCGUCUAGACAAAGACGAACCAUCACCCAGCGCGAGUGCAAUGAUCAGGCACACACCUAAGAAAUAUGGAUCUCUGAACAGUAGACUUAUGAACCAGUACCUUGGCACCGGAGCGCAGUUGGGGGAUUCAACCUCGGGGCAGCGGUCGAGACGAUCACUUUUGUCAGUAGUCUAAUCAGAUGAGUUAGAUGGUGCAGUUUAAAUUUGACUGAUAAGGCUGAGAUAACUAAAUAUGUCUACAAAAAUUACUAAUGCAAUGUGGGCAGGUAAGUGUAACUGAGUGCAUGAUCUAGAAAUGGAUGGAUUAUAAAGUUCCUAAAGUUAAUUACCAUAUGUGCAAAUCAUGACCUCUGCCUUACAUAAUGUGUAAGUACAUGAAAUGACAGAUGUGUCUAUCAUUCAUCA